GUUUUUACAGUGGUAUUGCCGUGUAUUAAAAAGAAGAUUGGUAACCAUCUCGGCUAUCAAUUGCUGAUAUUACUAUUAUCAUACGAAAACCUAAUAUAAAUUGUUAUUUUAAAAUCUUCUUUAAGGACUUGAUAGAAAUGACAGAAAAGUCAGUAUUACCUCCGAAGUUUUCCGAAGGACCAUUUGGCUUAGGCGAUCCUGAUGAUAAAACAUUGCGAAAAGUAGAGAUCGAAGUUAUGAUUCCUAAAAUAAUGAGAGAGAAAGCAAAAACUGAGAAGUGCACAAAAGAAGUAUUAGAUUUUGAAAAAUGUUGCAAAGAAGCAUCAUUAUUAAUGGUAGUCAAAUGUAGAAAACAAAAUUUGGCAUUAAAGGAAUGCUUAGGAUCCUGGUACAAAAAUGAUGAAUUUAGACAACAAUGUACUGAAGAAUAUUUGAAGCAGAGAACUGAAUAUAGAAAAACUGGCAUCAAGAAAUCUAUGAAAAGAGUUUAGAAUUAGAUAUAAUGUUGUUAUUAAUCAAUAUUUCUCGAGUAGUGUAAAUACAAAAACCUGUUUAAUCAUCAUUGUUUAUUGCAAAUGGAUUUUUUCUUGACAAUAUUAUCUCCCUUACGUUGUAUGCACUUAGGUUUUCAGGAAUUUCUGCCAAAUUUUCAUCAGAUUUAGAAACUUCAACCAUUAAAACCUCCUGAAAAAAUAUUAUUAUUGACACAAUAAUGUUUGAGAUUAAGAUUACUGUUAAUAAGAUCUUAACAUAUUAUAAGUGAAAUAACUUUAAAGCGUUUCAUCACAUUUGUAUUAGCUAUACUCUUAAUUUAUAAGAUAAUCAACAUUAGUCUAUAAAAUAUGAAAUC